AUGAGUAACCAACAUGAUACAGAAUUGACUGAUUUCAGUAAUCUAGAUGAUUUAGAACAGGAAUUCAAUCAAUAUAAGAAAAUAGAAUUGACUAUAUCAUCCACACGUCAAAAUGAAGAGGUCGAUUCAAAGAGGCAAGGAAAAUCAGAUAAAAACGUAAAAUCAUCUUCCUUUGAUUCUAUCUUCUCUCUGACACAGCAACAACAAGUUCCAACUUAUGAAGAAAAUUCGAUUACAAUAGCAGAUUAUUAUACUUACUCAUUAAGGCCUUAUUUUACUUUCAAAACUAUCACAGAUUAUAUAAAAUCACUAUUUCCAAUAUUUCACUGGUUACCACAUUAUAAUUUAACAUGGUUCAUAUCCGAUUUGAUUGCAGGUAUAACAGUAGGUUGUGUCCUCGUUCCACAAUCAAUGUCGUACGCACAGAUUGCUACUCUGUCUCCCCAAUUCGGUCUAUAUUCCAGUUUUAUAGGAGCAUUUUCCUAUUCAUUGUUUGCUACUUCCAAAGAUGUCUGUAUUGGGCCUGUUGCAGUCAUGUCACUGCAAACUGCAAAAGUUAUUGCCCGUGUCCAAGAUAAGUUACCAAGUGACACAGAUAUAACAGCGUCUGAAAUUGCCACUACCUUGGCUUUAUUAUGUGGAAUCAUUGCAACAGGGGUUGGUUUACUAAGACUGGGGUUUUUGGUUGAAUUAAUUUCCCUUAAUGCAGUGGCGGGCUUCAUGACAGGUUCUGCGCUGAACAUUAUUAGUGGUCAGGUCCCGGGUUUAAUGGGUUACAAUAGUGAAGUUAAUACAAGAACUUCAACAUAUAAAGUCAUCAUUGACACUUUGAAGCAUUUACCAGACACUAAAUUAGACGCUGUAUUUGGUUUGAUCCCGUUAUUUUUACUAUUUGCAUGGAAAUGGGUUUGUGACGUAUUGGGACCAAGAUUAAAUGAAAGACAUUUCGGUAAUGGUAAAAAUCCAAGAGCCCAUAGAAUUAUGAAAAAUUUUUAUUUCUAUGCACAGACUACGAAAAAUGCAAUCAUUAUUAUUGUCUUCACAUGUAUAUCAUGGGCAAUUACAAGAGGUAAAACUUCAGAGACUCGCCCAAUUAGUGUUCUUGGCAGUGUUCCUAAAGGUUUGAAAGAUGUUGAAACCUUUACUGUCCCCAGCGGUCUAAUGGCCAAGCUUGCCCCAGAGCUACCCGCCUCAAUAAUAGUCUUACUGCUUGAACAUAUUGCUAUCGCAAAAUCAUUUGGUAGAAUCAACGACUAUAAGAUUGUACCUGAUCAAGAAAUUGUUGCCAUUGGUAUAACAAAUCUUCUAGGAACUUUCUUCCAUGCUUAUCCAGCAACAGGCUCAUUUUCGAGAUCUGCGCUGAAGGCUAAAUGUAAUGUUAGAACUCCAUUAAGUGGUUUAUUUUCUGGUGCAUGUGUCCUUUUGGCACUAUAUUGUUUAACUGGUGCAUUUUUUUAUAUUCCGAAAGCCACAUUAUGUGCUGUUAUCAUUCACGCGGUCUCUAACUUAAUUGCUUCUUAUAAAGCAACAAUGAAUUUUUGGAAAAUGAACCCUCUCGAUUGCUUCUGUUUUUUAGUGACUGUAAUUAUAACUGUUUUUGCCUCUAUAGAAGAUGGUAUUUAUUUUGCAAUGUGUUGGUCUGUCGCAGUUUUAUUAUUCAAAGUUGCAUUCCCACCUGGAAAAUUUCUGGGUCAAAUUGAAAUUACUGAAGUCCUUGAUGGUAAAUUGGUAGGUGAUUCGUCAGUAUUGACUUCUAGUGAUGAAAACAGUGAAAUUCUUCCAACUACUAAGGCAGGGUAUUCUGUCGAGGUUGUAUCAAAUCACAAUGAAAAUACAAAUUACUAUACAAAAUGGGUUCCAUUUGAUUUCAGUUAUACAAAGGAACUAAAUCCGGAUGCUCAUAUUAAGCCACCACCACCUGGGGUUAUUGUUUACAGGAUGGCUGAUAGUUUCACAUAUAUGAAUUGUUCAAGACAUUUCGAUAUUUUAUUCGAUGAAAUUAAAAGAAGUACAAAGAGAGGAAAGUUAACUCAAAUCAUGAGAAAAUCUGAUCGUCCAUGGAAUGAUCCUGGUAAAUGGGAACCCCGAGUUUUCAUCAAAAAAUAUCUAAGAAGAGAAAAUUAUGAUGAAGAUAAUGUUGACAUUGAAGAUCGUGUUAUUGAUGACAGACCAUUCCUGAAGAUAAUCUGUCUAGAUUUUUCACAAGUAUCCCAAAUUGAUGCAACUGCAAUUCAAUGCUUGUACGAUCUGAGAAAAUCUGUAAAUAAGUAUGCAGACAGACAAGUUGAAUUUCAUUUCGUUGGGAUCAUCUCUCCAUGGAUCAAAAAAUCAUUGAGGAAUUUCGGAUUCGGUACAAUAAAUAAUGAAUACAGUGAUGAAUCAAUUAUUAUGGGUCAUUCCAGCUACCAUUUGACCAAAGACGUGGAUGGAAUCAAAGCUGCUACCGGUACCAAUCUUCCAUUUUUUCACAUAGAUAUUCCAAACUUCAACAAAUGGGAUAUUUAG